AUGUUUGGGUGGAGACCUCGGAAAAAGAAGCUUCCUAAUGUUUUGUCAAUAGUUGAACUUAAGGUGCAUAUGGAUUGCGAAGGAUGUUAAGGAAGAAUUAGAAGGGCAAUCUCGAAAUUGAAUGGAGUUGAUAGCUUGGACAUAGACAUGGAUCAGCAGAAGGUGACAGUAAGAGGGUAUGUGGAGAAAGGGAAGGUGUUAAGGAUUGUGAGAAGAACUGGAAGAAGAGCAGAAUAUUGGCCAUUUCCUUAUGACAGUGAAUACUACCCUUAUGCCUCUCAAUACUUGGAUGAGUCAACUUUUUCUUCUACCUAUAACUACUACAGACAUGGUUACAAUGAGAGUGUUUAUGGCUACUUUCCUGAUCAAGCAUAUUCUACUGUUCAGGAUGAAACAGUCUUUCUCUUCAGUGAUGACAAUGUUCAUGCACCCUGUGCCAUCAUGUGAAUCAUUAUCUACCUGCCUCUGCUCAUAUAAUCACAACUAAUCAAGUUGUCUGAGUUUGA